GAAUGCAGUGUGUGCUCGCCCUCCGUCUCCGACCACCAUGCUUGUUUCCCUUUUCCUAGCUGUAAAUGCUGCAUUUGCAUCCUCUUUACCGCGCUCAGGUGGUCUCGAUCAUGUAGAGCACAAACGCCUUCCUGAUAAUUGGUAUCACAGGCGCGACCAUCCUGUACAAAAUCUCUUCAAGCGAGCCCCCCCAGGAGACGGUAUCAACUACGCUCAAGUUGGCUCUCCUACCUGGUCAAGCUCCUUUCCGACAAACACGCCUGAUACCAAUCAGUUACCCCAGGCGUGGGUAGACGCCCUCAAUGACGCCGUCGCUGCCGGAAAGAUACCCAAUAUUCCCCAAUCCACCAAUACGCCUGGAACAAACCCUGUAUAUCCUAAUGGCAUGAACCCUGCCGGUCCGGAAAUUUGCUCAGGGACUUAUCAGUGCAGAAUUCCGGGAGACACCUGGGAUGCACCUACUGGCACUCUGGGCGUCGGGUUUGAUGAUGGACCACAGCCGGCCACCUCCAACCUCGCUACCUUUUUGCAAGCGCAGAACCAGAGUGCGACUCAUUUCAUGAUCGGCGUUAAUAUCCUCAACAAUGCAAACCAAUUUCUUGCUGCAUACGACAUUGGAGGGGAUAUCGCAGUGCACACAUACACCCAUCCUUACAUGACUACGCUUAGCAACCUCCAAAUCGUUGCAGAGCUUGGUUGGACCAUGGAGAUCAUUCACAACUCAACGGGUGGCCGGGUUCCUAGGUUUUGGAGACCACCCUAUGGCGAUUCCGACAACAGGGUCAGGGCAAUUGCACUGGAGGUCUUUGGGCUCGAGUGCAUUAUCUGGAAUCAAGAUACUGAUGACUGGAGCAUGGCAACUGGGGGUACUACGAUGCAAGCCAUUAGUGACAAUAUGAACAAAUGGCUGACAGGUCCUAAAACCCCGGGUUUGAUCAUUUUGGAGCACGAGUUGACAAACGACACGGUCCAAGCGUUCAUCAACGCUUAUCCUACCAUGAAGUCCAACGGAUGGAACACCACAUCGGUUUCCAGAUUAGUGGACAACGACAGCCCCUACCAGAACUCUGACGGCACCGACGAUGAUUCGACAGUCAGUGUGGAUGGAAUUUUAGUGGCUUCUACUUCAAGUAGCACAAGCUCUAGUUCCAGCACGAGUGACAUGUCUACUACUCCAAGCCAGGCUGCGGCGGCUGCAAGUACAACAGCAUCCGCCUCUGUGAGUACUACAUCUAACUCGGCCAUCAACCUGUUCAGCGAGGGUCAUGCGCUAUUGGGUGUUGCGACAUCUGUGUUGUUCAUAGUAGCAUCCGCGGCAUCUUUCUUACUCUAAACCCCUUUUACCGACUUCGCCCACCUUCAUUCUCACCUAUACUGCUCCCUACUUGUAAAACAUCUAUCUUUACCAUGGACCCCGCUAUGCCUGCUUGGG